GGGGGACACGGAUUUAAGCUCCAACGGUGAUAACCUAGGGCAGUAAAAAAAAAAAAAAUCGAGGAACUGGGACCCUUUAGAGGCCUUUAGACGCCCGGGAAGCAUCCCGGAGUAGGUGAGACCUAAACUCAGCCCUGAGAAAUGGUUAAGUGUUUGCUCCAGGGAGACAGUUCGAGGGCAUUCUUGGCGGAAGGAGCAGAGAUGUGAAAGAAACAAGUGUAUUUUGGUAAUUGAGAGGAGGUCGGUCAAAUGAAAGAAGGGGAAAUGGAAGGGCCUGGCCCAGGUAGCAACUUGGAGACAAACGAGGAGUCCAGGAAAGUGUACAGUUAGUUGAAGGGAAUGAGACUUGAGACUUGAAAUCUUUUUCAAGCAGCUGGUCACUAGGCAAGGUAGAGGCAAGAGGGAAGAUGGGGCCUAGGUGAGGAAACAGGGUGCAGGGUAGGAAAGAUUCUAGAUCUGAGAAGAAAGGCUCUUGAGUUCAUUUAUUGAGCAGCUGCUUUGACUCAAGUACUAUCCUGGGUUCUAGGGACACAACUGUGAACAUUGGAAAGGAGAAAACAAAUAACAAUCAAAUAUACCAUAUGAACAUAAAGGUUACUGCAGUAUAUUUCAGAGGUCGACAGUGUGGGGAUUUGGAGCAACCAGCUGGAUGUGACCUCCAGGACAGAAUGGUGCUGGACUCAGGAGCUCAGGUGUAUGAGCAGGCACCUCCCAGCCCAUCUGCCAGUCCCCUGUCCCUGCGCCAUAGGCUGAAGUCAUCCAACCGAGAUGGGCCACCCCUGUACCCCUGGCCUCGAUCCCUGGCUGUGCCCCUGGCUCUGGCUGUCCCUUCAGUGCUGCAGCCCCAGCCUGAGCAGCAGCCCUUUUCAAAGCUGCACUUGGGCCACCGUGGCCAUAUGCGUCGCAGUGAGAGCACUUACUCUGUAAAUAGCACUGGUCAGCGGGGGCGUGGCACACAGGGUCAUGCCCCACCUGGACAGGGACGGGACCCAGGUGGUGGCACCUUGCGAUCUGCAGCUUCCCUGCCCCACAUUGCUAAGACUCGAAAGAAUGUAGGCAAUGGUAUUGGCAAGAGCCCCUGUAUGUUGGUGGCCCUGAGGCCAACCAACAUGGACCGUGAACGGGACAAGUUCUUCCAGUCCCAUUAUACCUACAAUCCACAGUUUGAGUACCAGGAGCCCAUGCCUACAACUGUGCUGAAGAAGUACUGUGAGGCCUCUGGACAGUUCAUCCCUCAGGCAGUUGGCAUCAUUGAGGCUGUCCUGGAGAAAUUUGGCACCUACGAACGCUUUGAGGCUGCUACCGGGGGCCAGCUGCUGACCAAGUGCCAGAUUUGGUCCACUGUGCGAAAAUACAUGCAGAAGGAGGGCUGCGUUGGGGAGAUUGUGGUGCAGCUGAGUGAGGACCUGCUGUCCCAGGCAGUAAUGAUGGUGGAAAACAGCCGACCCACACUGGCCAUCAACUUGACGGGAGCCCGCCAGUACUGGCUGGAGGGCAUGCUUCGGCAUGAAAUAGGCACCCACUACCUGCGUGGCGUGAAUAACGCGCAGCAGCCUUGGCACAGCGCCGAGGGCCGGCUGCAGUAUGGACUUCGGCCAGCCAACCCCACCGAGGAGGGCCUGGCCAGCCUGCACAGCGUGCUUUUCCGCAAGCAGCCUUUCCUGUGGCGUGCAGCCCUGCUCUACUACACCAUUCAUCGUGCCGCACACAUGUCCUUCUGCCAGCUCUUCCAAGACCUGGCCCGCUACGUGCAGGACGCCAACGUGCGCUGGGAGUACUGCGUGCGCGCCAAGCGUGGCCAGAUGGACACUUCCAAGCCAGGCUGUUUCAGCAAGGACCAGGUGUACCUGGACGGCAUCGUGCGCAUUCUGCGACACCGCCAGACCAUCGAUUUCCCACUGCUGACCUCCCUGGGCAAGGUCUCCUAUGAGGAUGUGGAUCAUUUGAGGCCCUAUGGGGUACUGGAUAAUACCCGCGUACCCCACUUCAUGCAGGACUUGGAACGCUACCAGCAGCAACUGGAACACAUCAUGGCCACCAACCGUCUUGAUGAAGCAGAGCUGGGCCGCCUGCUGCCUGACUGAUGUUGGUUAACAGCUCUAGGCGGAAGCCCUAGACAGAGACCUCCAGAUCGGUCCCCAGAACAUGAAGCUGUCUGCUCUGUGCUGCUACAGCCUAGGUGUUUCUUGGGGGGCAUGGGAGGCCAGGAACAUCCUAGAAGGACAAGCAGCAAUAUCAGAAGGUUUUUGUCCCUUGCUAGUGCUCUUCAGGCCUAUGGACUAGCAGCAGCAUGUCAGGCAAACUGUUGAACAGAGGGGAGGCCUGAGAAUAAGAGGGGAGAUGAGCAUUGAUGGGAUUUUGGGGUGGUUCGGGAGUAGGAACUUGUUCUUGCAUGAGAUGGCUUUGGGUAUUCAGUACUCCAGUCUCUCCCUUCUCCCACCUGGCCCCUUGGUGCUCCUUCAGCAUUCAUGCUGUCUACCUCUCACUGGGUCCUGGUGGCGGUCAGGAUCCCUUCUCUGGGGUGAUUGCUUGAACUUGAGGUCCUAGCUUUCACACAGACUCAAAGGGUAGGGGUCCAGGUAGUAGAGAUCCAGCUGGGCUGGGGUUUACUUUCCAGUAUUUUGCCUUUCUCACUGGUCAUGUAUUUACUACAUACUUAUCUGUUCUACUUCAUGGGGCUGGGAGGCAGCAGCUCCUGAAGGUUAAGCAGAGGUACAGGACACUCCUAGAAAAUACCAAUUGUUCCUAGCCCUACUCUCAUUACACACACACACAUGCACACACACAGCUUCAGGACUUGUGAGUCCAGCCCAAGAGCUUACCUGUGCCCUGCCCCCACUCUUCCACUGGCCUCUACUGUUUCUGUCUUUGUCCAGACCCUCACAGCUGGGCUGUUGUGCAGGUUGGCUUAGCCUGGGAGUGGUCAUGAUCAAGCCUGAAGGGCAGGCCCUAUGGCUUGUUGUCCCCAGUCCUGACCCCUUCCUGGACCAGGAGAGGUACAGACCUGAUUGUUGCUUCUAGUUUCACUUCAGACUUCCCUUCCUGGGCCUUAAUUUUCCCAUCUGUAAGACUCAGAAAAGCAGCAGGAAAGUUCUUACUCAUUUAGUCAAUGUGUAUGUAUACUGCGCCUUGUGUGUACCAGUUUUUGUUCAGAACCCUUCCUGAGCUUCCAGUUCAGAGGGAAGCCAAACAAUUAAAAGAGCAGUCACAAUGAUGUGUGUAGCCUCUGUCUACUCAAGCUCUCUCCCAAUUUCCUUCUUUUUAUCUAACUUCUCAAGACUGUGAGCGCUAAGCCUUCCCUAAGUGACAGAAGGUCCCCCUUUCCUCACUACCUCAAG